AUGGUGGCCGAAGAACAUGUGGCGCCAUCAAAAUCAAAUCUCAAUUUUUCGUUUGAGGUUUCUGAUGAUGUUAAUGAUGAUGAUGAUGAUGAUGAUGAUGAUGUUAAUGAUGAUGAUAAUGAUGAUGAUUAUGAUGAUGAUGAUGAUGAUGAUGAUGUUAAUGAUGAUGAUAAUGAUGAUGAUUAUGAUGAUGAUGAUGUUGAUGAGGAUGUUCGUGUGUUUAAACCAUCGAAGGAGCCAGUCAAUGGGGUUUCAACUACGAGGAAGCCUCCCCAAGCAGUUCCUGUUACUACUAAGUCUCCAUCUGGGAGUGAUAAAGAAAAUUCAAAUGCCUCCAUGGUGCCAAGAAAGCAAAGUCGUAGAGAUCCAAGGCCGGGAGAGCUUAUUACUGUACCAGUACAACAACCAACUUCAAAUGUUGAACCAGCCCAGGUUAAUCAAGAUGAUCAAAGCCCAAUUUUUGGUGAAGACUUCUUAGCUAAUGAGGAAACUUUUGCCUCGGGAAGUUUUCUACCCCACCUCCUCCAGAGCACGAUUUUGCAUCUGUCAAGCUAUCCAAGCUAG